UACUCCCUGCACUCUCUCCACCGUUCGGCGAUCUCCGGCGACUCCGAUGGCCUUCAAUUCCAAAUUCAAAGCCUCUGCUUCACAGCCUGCUCUGACCUUGACCUCGACUCUCGUCGAUGACGACGACGAUUUUCAAGAUCCCUCUCCUUCUCAGUUAUGCUCUAGGAAUGCGACCUCGAUUUCCGGCUCUUGGAAACCUUUAAAGCCUUCCGGUUCCCUUCAUCGGCCUCGGAAGAAGCCUAAGCGUCGAUCUGAAAGUUCCGGCAAGGAGAAUUUGGUCCCGCGAGUAGACGCCCCUGAUAUCGGUUGCUCACUGCCCCUUCAACAGAAGCCUGAGCUGGAACUCGAGGAUAUGGAUUUGAACAUUGGGUUGGAUUCUAUCCCGUCAACUAUUGAUUGCUCGUAUCCUGGAUGUUUGGACCCCAAGGAAGAAGAUAAGUGUUUCAAUGUGAUUGAGCAAAACGAAAAGGUGGGAGCCAUUAUAGAGGCAGAUUCUGAUACGAAGAAUGAGUCCUUUUCAUGUGCAUCAGAGAAGAGUGUGUUGGAGUCAAAAAAGGGGUACUUUGUGAAUUCAAUAGAGUCAAGGUUGUUGAAAUCCAGUGCGGGAUUGGAAGAGGGGAAGGGUGAAGAAUUGGGGGAGAGCUCAGAGCUUGACAUGCUGCUUAAACUAUGUAGCGAGGGGAGUGAAGGAGAUGGCGAUUCUAUGGAAGCUUAUCAGGAAGAUGAUUGUGUUUCAGAGGGUAAUGACGACAGUAGUCUGAUUUGUUGCCCACUUUGUGGUAGGGACAUCACAGAUUUCAAUGAGGAGCAAAGGCAAAUACACACCAAUGAGUGCAUUGAUAAAGAGGAUGCUCCAGCUGAGGCGGUUCUUUCCCAUCGUGAUACAUCUUUUCAAUGUCUUGGACAAGUUCUUGAUGCUUCCCCUGCACGAACUCCUCAAAAGCUUGUUGCUAUGCCUCCUGUUGUAGAAUGGCUACGUAAGCUAGGACUGGCUAAGUAUGAAGAAUUAUUUAUUCAACAAGAGAUUGAUUGGGACACCUUACAAUGGCUGACAGAAGAGGAUCUGUGUAAGAUUGGUGUUAGUGCACUUGGUCCCAGGAAAAAGAUUGUUCGUGCUCUUUCUGAAGUAAGGAAGGAAAACACCAAGGAAGUAGAAUUUCAGAAAAACGCCAAGAAGGCUGUAGUUGAUGAUACAAGCAAAGUCAAGUUGAGCAAGUUGAUAACUGACUAUUUUCAGUGUUCUGCUGCCGGGACAAAAAAUGUUCAUGCCACAUCCUGUGGACAAAAUGAGGUUGGGAGGAGUCUCAUGGAUUCUUCUAACAAGAGUGUUAAGAAGAAUCCUGCCAAGAGUACAAAAUAUAAGGAUAUUCCUGUGUGGUGUUCUAUACCUGGAACACCAUUUCGUGUGGAUGCUUUCAAGUACCUUAGAAGAGAUUGUUCUCACUGGUUUCUUACCCACUUUCAUGCUGAUCAUUAUCAAGGUUUAACGAAGUCCUUCUGUCAUGGGAAGAUAUAUUGCUCCUCAGUGACUGCAAAGCUUGUUAAUAUGAAAAUUGGAAUUCCUUGGGAUAACAUAAAAAUUUUACCUCUCAACCAGAGGAUCAAUAUUGCAGGAAUUGAUGUCACCUGUUUUGAUGCAAAUCAUUGCCCAGGUGCCAUCAUAAUCCUCUUUGAACCAUCCAAUGGUAAGGCUGUCUUGCAUACAGGAGAUUUUCGCUUUUGUGAUGAAAUGAUGGAGAUUCCUAGCUUUCAACCUUGUAAAAUCCACACUCUUAUCCUGGACACGACUUAUUGUAACCCUCAGUAUGACUUUCCCAAACAAGAUGCUGUAAUACAAUUUGUCAUUGAAGCCAUACAAGCUGAAGCUUUCAACCCCAGAACUUUAUUCUUGAUUGGUAGUUAUACUAUAGGAAAAGAAAGACUUUUUGUAGAGAUUGCUCGUGCUCUGCGUAAGAAAAUCUAUGUCACUGCAGCAAAACUGCGUAUUUUGCAAUGCUUGGGGUUCCCCGAUGAAGAUAUGCAAUUUUUCACUUUGAAUGAACAGGAAAGCCAUAUCCAUGUUGUACCUUUGUGGACACUUGCUAACUUCAAGCGGUUGAAUCAUAUAUCUAAUCAAUACAUGGGUCGAUAUAGUCUUAUAGUUGCUUUUUCUCCAACUGGUUGGUCUCUUGGUAAAGGAAAGAAAAAGACUCCUGGAAAAAGAUGGCAGCAAGGUACCAUCAUAAGGUACGAAGUGCCAUACAGUGAGCAUAGCAGCUUUUCGGAGCUCAAGAAGUUCGUUAAGUUCAUAUCUCCAGCAAACAUCAUCCCGAGUGUAAAUAAUCAUGGACCAGAAUCCACACGCAAAAUGCUCUCCCUUCUCUCAGAUUAAUACAGUUUGAAGACUACAUAUUGCAGGUAAAGCACUGAUGUUAUCCUAUCCUUCCUGUAUGCUUGUAAAGAGUGGCUUGUCCAAUCUUACUGAGUGCAUAUGUCAUCCAAAGGUCACUAACCAAACUAGUUUUUGACUUUUGAAUGGAUAGACUUGUCAUUUGAGAAUCAUAAAAUUUUAUUAGGAUCUUUAUGAGCAAUUGAGUCAAUUUUGACCAGUCUCCGGGGAAUAGUAUCAUUGUAAACUUGUGGUGGAUGUGUAUUCACUAUUCAGGGAUGUGGACUUAGAGUUGCCCUUUUAUGUAUUAUGUAGGAGAUAUUAAUUAAAGCUUCAAGCAAUUGAUUACUGAAAGCAAGGGCGCCUUGCCAUGCCUUGAUGUACCAUGAAACAUAUUCUUUUGUUUAUUGCUCGUUGUUUCA